AUUAUUACUUAAUGGGUUGGCUUACAAUUAUAUAGGAAUGAUGAUGAAGGCAAUUCACUCUAUAUAUUCCAUUCCCAUAAUCACUUGCUUCUCAUUAUAGAUAUAUAGUAUCCUAAUCCCUCAGAUUCUUUCUGCAAUCCAGAACAACCCUCCCUUCAUCUUUCUGUCUUCUUUAUCAAGUUCACUUAGGAGUGGAAAAGGAGGAAGAAGAAGAAGAUAUAUAUAUAUAUAUAGAGAGAGAGAGAGAGAGGAUGAGCUGCAACGGUUGUCGUGUGCUUAGAAAAGGUUGUGGGGAGGACUGCAUGCUCCGAGAUUGCCUUUGGGGCAUUGAUAGCCCGCAAGCCCAAGCCCACGCCACCGUCUUCGUCGCUAAAUUCUUCGGCCGCGCUGCCCUCAUGUCCUUCGUCUCCGCCGUACCCUCCCCCCAGAGAUCCGCUUUGUUUCGGUCACUUUUGUACGAAGCAGUGGGACGUACCAUAAAUCCGGUGAACGGUGCGGUGGGCCUGCUCUGGACCGGGAACUGGCACCUCUGCCAAUCAGGAGUCCAGAGAGUGCUGUGCGGUGGCGCCUUGGGGCCACUCCCCGACGUCUCCGGUGGAUCUUCGGUGCCAACUGCGGCGGACGACAACGGACACGUUCUAUACUUUUCUCGGCAGCGACGAGGCGAUGUGGGAUCGGGAUCAAGGAACCUCAAUAGAAAGGUCCCCAGUUACGACUUGGUGUUGGAGAACAAUAUCCAAGCACGUGAUCGUGUUGAUCGGUACUGCUCACGGUCGCCGGAGAGAGUGGUGGUGGUCGGCGGCAGCGGAAGGAGUUACGAAGCAAAGGAAGAUGGGAGAGCGGCGACGCCGUCAGAGGGAUCGGAAACGUCAACGUUAGGAAGUAGCGCUGCGCAGUGCGGCGCGGAAAGGAAGCUCCUAAUGCUUUUCUCCUAAAUCUUUCUAACUAUGAGUGGCAAAGAUAAGGCCUCGAUCUUAAUCUGGGAUCAAAUUUUGCUGUCAUCUUCAAUGUAAUAUCAUCAAAAUAAAUAAGAAGAGAGAAUGAAAUUA